AUGGCUGGCAGUUACACGACUACUUCCCCCAGCUUUCGUCGGGCGCGAGUCAACUAUAGCACCCCGAAGGCAGCAGCCAGCGCGCGUAUCCACCUGCACGAGACAAGCAUCUGCGGCGCCACGAUCAAGUGCUACUUCAUCCAGCCUCAGUCGUCGCGCGACGAGCUGGAUGACGGCACGCUGCACCCGCCCAUGCCGGACAAGCAGUUCCUGAUUUCGCCGCCCGCCUCGCCGCCGGUCGGCUGGGAGCCGGUGCGCGAGGCCGAGCCCACCGUCAACUUCGACCUGCUGCGAGCCGUCACCGAGAUGGCGCCCGGCGAGAGCCACGAGCUACAUGACGGGCGCGACCAGCAGCCGAGCAUCGUGGUGCACGUGGCCGAGGAGAGCGAGACGGACCGCGACGCGGGACAGCCGCGCAUGCGCAUCACCCAGACCCGCUGCCCGUCGCGGUAGACUGCGCCGCCGGCCGCCGCCGCCGCGGAGGUCACGGCCGGGGCGCCCAGAGCGGCGCGGGCCCGAGCCGGCUGGUCGCGCCGACUCGGGACACGAAGCUUAUCACUGGACCCCCGCCUGUAACUUUGUUGAUGUGUUCGAGCGUUGAGGUUUCGUUUGUUGUGGAUAGGACUGUGUCGGAUGGCUAAUCGCCGCGUGAUCAAAACCAAAUGGCGCGUGACUACUAGCAUUGGAGAAGCCGCAUGGUGCUGCCCGCUUCGCCGAGAGAUGGCGCGGCAUUGUAUUGUUUCGGCGCUCGUUGUUGCUCGCUGUGCAUGUAACUGGGCCUGUGAUUUUAGUUGCAGUAGAGCUUAUGUUGUCGGUGGAAUAGUUCAAGAAGCAGAUCACGCUGACGGUAAUGCUGCAUAGACGUCCGAGGUCUCCACUUCCAGAUGUAUCGCGUCUUCAACACGGCUUGCAAGUUAUCCUAUGUCUGUUGUAAGCGACGGGCCGGUGUCGGAGCAGUUUAUGCAUCCUGUCCUCCCUAUGCUGUCACGCAUUAUCAUCUGUCGAAACACGUGGUUCUUACGAUUAAAGGUGUUCUCAUGGUGA